CAGAGCUCUUGAGCUGUUCUGUAAGACUGAUCAGACUCUCAUCUGCAGUCUGUGUUCAGUGCAGGAACACAGGGGCCAUGACACCUUUUUUAUGUCAGAACAGGAUGUGAGGAGGGCUGUGACAGGUGAACCUGAGGAUUUCUGUACAGGAGGAUUCCAGACUGACCAAACAGGGUGGCUGCAGACACUGAAAGACAAACACAAGGAAGCUCUAAAGACGCAGUUUGAAGUUGUGUCUGAGGGAAUUGCUAAGCCGGGAGAGCAGACCCUCCUUGAUGACAUCUUUACACACGUGUGGAUAACUGAGGGCAGCUGUGUUGAGGUGAAUCAUGGACGUGAGGUCAUGCAGGUAGAAACUGUCUCCAAAAGCACAAAAUCAGAGAUCCACUCCAUCAAGUGCAGCGAUAUUUUUAAGCCACUGCCAGGACAGACCAUUCCAAUCAGGACUGUAAUGAUGAAGGGAGUUGCUGGCAUCGGGAAAACAUUCUCUGUGCAGAAAUUCAUUCUCGACUGGACUACUGGAAAAGACAACCAGGACUUCGAUUUUAUAUUUUUUCUUCCAUUCCGUGAAUUAAACUUGAUCAAAUCAGAAAUGAGUUUACAGGAACUGGGUCUGUGUUUCUGUCCAGAGAUAAAAUCCUCUGAUAAUGUUUUAGAUAGCCACAAAGUCCUGUUCAUCUUUGAUGGUCUGGAUGAAAGCAAACAUCCUUUGAACUUUAAAACAAACCAGAGGUGGUCUGAUGUGAAAAAGCAAGCUUCAGUGGACGUGUUGUUAACAAACCUCAUCAAGAGGAACUUUCCUGUUAAUGCUUCCAUCUGGAUCACUUCCAGACCAGCUGCAACAGGUCUGAUCCCUCCAGAGCUCAUCAGCAGGGUGACAGAGGUCCAGGGGUUUGAAGACCAGCAGAAGGAAGAGUACAUCAGAAAGAAGUGUAAGAACAGAGCUCUAGCAGACAGAAUUAUUUCACACAUAAAGGCACUGAGGAGUCUUUACAUUUUGUGCUAUGUUCCUGUUUUCUGCUGGAUUGUAGUUACUGUUCUGGAGCACACUUUGGAAGAGAACAGUGGGGCAAAUCCAACAACACUGACAGAUUUCUAUACGUACUUUCUGCUUGUCUUACUGACAGCAAAGGAACAAAAGGAAAAGAAAGAAACUGUCCUCAAAAUAAAUCAAGAAGCAAUUCUGAAGCUGGGAAAGCUGGCAUUUGAAAGUCUGAAGAAAAACAUCAUAGUGUUCUAUGAAAAAGAUUUGAAAAAAUAUGGCAUUGAUCUCCACAACUCCUCCCUUUACUCAGGGGUGUGGAAGGAAAUAUUUAAACAAGAUUCAGUCUUGUUUCAGGAAAAGGUGUACUGCUUUUUACACCUGACUGUCCAGGAGUAUUUUGCAGCUCUGUAUGUUUUAGGUUCCCAUCAGAACAAAAAUAUUAACCCACUGAAGAAAGGAAACCCACCAGCUUCCACACUGUUCCACUUGAAUGAAGUUGCACUUAGAAGAGCCAUCCAGAGCAAGACUGGUCACCUUGACCUGUUUGUCCGGUUCCUCUUGGGAACGGGAAUGAAGAACAACCAGGAGCUUCUAAAGGGAUUCCUGUCACACACACAAGAUCACUCCAGUGACAUACUGGAAACAACAGAACACAUCAAAAAACUCAUUAGAAAAACUUCCUCUCCUGAAAGAUGCUUUAACCUUUUCCACUGUCUGAGUGAACUGAAGGACAAGUCUUUAAUGGAUGAGUUCAAUGUGACUCUGGAUAAAGGAAAACAUUCAGGACAAAGCCUCUCACCUUCCCAGUGUUCAGCACUCGCCUAUUUCUCACUGCUGUCUGAGAAAGAGAUUGAUGUCUUUGACAUGAGUGAAUAUGCUACAUCACAGGCGUGUGUACGGAGAUUGCUACCCGUGGCAAAGAAAACAAAAACCCUUAGGUGAGUAACCUCAGAUUUACUUUA